CCGCCCGCCGCCCCGGGCUCGCCGCGCCGCGCCCGCGCGUCCUCAGCCGGGCCACCGAGCGAUGCCCGCUGGGCGCCCGCGAAACUUUGUCGGCUCCCGCUGAAGGGCUGCGGCGCCCCCGCGCCCCCGCGCCCCGCGCCCCGCGCCGGCCAGGAGCCUUCACAUAAAUGGGUCCAGUCAUGCCUCCCAGCAAGAAGCCAGAAAGCUCAGGAAUUAGUGUCUCCAGUGGGCUGAGUCAGUGUUACCGGGGCAGUGGCUUCUCCAAGGCCCUGCAGGAGGACGAUGACCUCGACUUUUCUCUGCCUGACAUCCGACUAGAAGAGGGGGCCAUGGAAGAUGAAGAGCUGACCAAUCUGAACUGGCUACACGAGAGCAAGAACUUGCUGAAGAGCUUUGGGGAGUCGGUCCUCAGGAGUGUCAGCCCCGUGCAGGACCUGGACGAUGACACCCCGCCAUCCCCUGCCCACUCGGACAUGCCCUAUGAUGCCAGGCAGAACCCCAACUGCAAACCCCCCUACUCCUUCAGCUGCCUCAUAUUUAUGGCCAUCGAGGACUCUCCAACCAAGCGCCUGCCAGUAAAGGAUAUCUACAACUGGAUCUUGGAACAUUUUCCGUAUUUUGCAAACGCACCUACCGGGUGGAAAAACUCAGUGAGACAUAAUUUGUCUUUGAAUAAAUGUUUUAAGAAAGUGGACAAAGAGAGGAGUCAGAGCAUCGGGAAAGGGUCAUUGUGGUGCAUAGACCCAGAGUAUAGACAAAAUCUAAUUCAGGCUUUGAAAAAGACACCUUACCACCCAUACUCACACGUGUUCAAUACACCUCCUGCCUCUCCUCAGGCAUAUCAAAGCACAUCAGGUCCACCCAUCUGGCCGGGCAGUACCUUCUUCAAGAGAAAUGGAGCCCUUCUGCAAGAUCCUGACAUUGAUGCUGCCAGUGCCAUGAUGCUUUUGAAUACUCCCCCUGAGAUACAAGCAGGCUUUGCCCCCGGAGUGAUACAGAAUGGAGCGCGGGCUCUGAGCCGCGGGCUGUUUCCUGGAGUCCGGCCUUUGCCAAUCACUCCCAUCGGGAUGACGGCAGCUGUGAGGAACGGCCUGGGCGGCUGCCGGGUGCGGACUGAGAACGAGCCGUCGUGCGGCUCCCCGGUGGUCAGCGGAGACCCCAAGGAGGAUCACAACUACAGCAGCGCCAAGUCCUCCAACGCCAGGAGCACGUCGCCGGCCAGCGACUCGGUGUCCUCCUCGUCGGCCGACGACCACUACGAGUUCGCCGCCAAGGGGAGCCAGGAGGGCAGCGAGGGCAGCGAGGGCAGCUUCCAGAGCCACGAGAGCCACAGCGAGCCGGAGGACGACGAGCGCAAACACAGCCCGAAGGAGGCCAAGGAUGCCCUGGGGGACAGCGGCUACGCGGCCCAGCACAAGAAGCGCCAGCAUCUCGCCAAGGCCCGCAAGGUCCCCAGCGACACGCUGCCCCUCAAAAAGAGACGCACGGAGAAGCCCCCCGAGAGCGACGACGAGGAGAUGAAGGAGGCGGCGGGCUCGCUCCUGCACUUGGCAGGGAUUCGGUCCUGUUUGAAUAACAUCACCAAUCGGACGGCAAAGGGGCAGAAAGAGCAAAAGGAAACCACAAAAAAUUAAAAACAAGUCACUGAUUUGUUUUGAACUUUCGGCCAUUUGGUUUUAGCAUGUCAGGAGAUUUCUAAUGAUUUGUGGCAAUAUCAGCAAUUUUUUUUCUUUCUUUUUUUUUUUCCUUUUGGUUUGGUUUUCUUUUCUUUCUUUCUUUCUUUUUUUUUUUUUAAUUUGCCCCUCCUUUGUUUUGGACCCUUAAGAAUUUUAUUUUUAAAGGAGAUUGAAGCCAUAGAACUCAUAUUGACACUCAGCUGUUUUACAAAAGCUUUUCAUUAUCUGAAGACAAAACCGAAAAAAGCCAAAAUUACCAUUGCUUCCUCCAGCUUUGUCAGAAACACGUGGCUGAAUCCGCAGGGAUGCCAACGAUGAUGCCACGGGAACACCGACUCGGCACCUAGAAGGCACGCGUGCAGAGUAAUCAUCAAUCAGGCCCAACCCUUAGGUCUAAACAUGGUCAGGUUGUCCCGCCCAUUGGGGUCGCAGUGCGAGGCGACUGGGGAGAAGGAUGAGCCCUGGUCCCUGGGGAGCUGACCCAGGCUCUUAACCCCGGGUGUCCAGCUGUGCCAGGAAAACCCUUGGCAUUGCCGUGGGUUUCGUUGCCAUGAAUCGUGCAGGGGUGGGUGGACGGAGUGGGGAGCGGUCUCCAGUCCUUUGUGCUUCUGAGCUGUGCGGCCUGGUAUCAUCUUAGGAGGUGGACUCUGGGCCACUCGUUUUACACCAGGUGUCCGCGACUAAUGAGAAGAAACUGGGUCAGUUUUUAGUGACAUUGCUAAUCACUGAAUUUUGUCCUGUAUUAAAUUAAGAGAAUGUUUCACAAGCCAUAAGCCUGAAGGUUGGCCCUGUGCACGCGCACACAGAGAGCAAGAGAGAUUGAGAGAGAGAGAGAGAGAGAACUGACGCAGAAAACAAGCUCUGUCUUCUUAACUGCCCAAGUGAAAAUCAAGUCCAGGAAAUUACAAUAGCUGUUAAGGAAGAAAAUAAUGGUACAGAUUCUUUUUUCUGCCUGUCAAAACUAUUUGAUCUGAGUGAAAACAAAAAAAGCUACAGAACCUGCCAUUAGUAUUGUGGUGUAUUUUUAAAAGAUGAAAGGCACAUUGAUGGACAAACAAAAAAACAUGGCAAAACAAACAAAAAACAAAAAAACUCCUAUACUGCCCUCAAAAUGGAGUUUGCAAUUAAUGUCAGUCAGGAUUCUUCUUUGCAAAAUCAGUGAUUUCCACAUUCAGCCAGUGUAGCCAGCAGAAAUUUCUGAUCCACAAUGCAUGGAUUCCUUUGAAAAAAAAAGAAAAAAAGAAAAAAAAAAGAAAAAAAAUCACAAAACACAAAACUUUUUUUUAUUCAAAAAAUAACAAAGUUCUUGUAAGGUAAAUAAUGUAUUUAGCAUGAAGCAUGAAUUAUUUUCAUAUAAAUAUAGAAAAUAGAAAAAAGGCUAUGCCUCUAAUUUUUAAGCCCUUAGGCUUAGAGUUUCUUUUGGUUUUCUCUUUUUUUUUCUUUGAUUUUUUUUCUGUUGUUUUUUGUUUUUGUUUUUUUUUCUUUCUUUCUUUCUUUUUCUUUCUUCUUCUUCCCAAUGAUUUUGUUUUGGUUUUUUGAAGCAGGUGUUUAAGGUUUAACCUUCUUCAGGGACAAAUUCUGACUGUUGGGGAAUCUUACUCUGCAAUAUAAAAUAUCUUCAUGUUCUGGUAGGGCCUGGAUGGUGGAGCUCUGUACUGCCUUGUCUGAACUUCAGCCCCCGACCCCCCCGAUUCUCUGUUGAAAAGUGUGUCUUUUCUCUUUGUACAUGUUUACCAUGACGCAAUAAUUCGAGGGCAAACUUAGUAGUGAGUGUGUAUGAUAGAAUCAAGAGAAUUCUGGGAUGCUGACUUGAGGAGACCAUGAUGUGAUUUGGUUCUAGGAAAAAAGGCAGUGAAUCAUUAUGCAAAUUCGCCAGGAGAAGGGGAAGCACGCUAAUGGGCCUUAUUGCAUGAGGGUGUGAGUUAGGGUACCCGCGAAGGAGGGAGCGACUCGGGGGUUGGAAGGACCAGCCCCAGAUGGGUUUCCUCUGAAUCCACCUCCCAGUGGGACGGAGGGGCCAGCCACCUCUUCCACCUGAGCACACGACCCGACCUGGAACUAAGCCCACCUAGAUUAGGAGAGCUGAAUUUAGACCGGACGAUGUCACGCAGACCAGAAACUCCAGUUAUCUUUGCCUGAAAGGAAUUGUCUUGGGAGAUCCAGAGAGAAGUGUCUGAAAGAAUAGGAUCUCCCACCCACGUGGAGGGGAAUUUUAAAACCCCAACAGGAACACCCACUCCCGGGACUCGAUGUGUUGGGUGAGGGAGAGUGGGGGACCGGGGCGGGGGGGACACAGUGAUCCUGAAAGACGGGCCAGUGGCCUGCCACGGGCCAUCACGAGUCCAGUGGCCAGGAUGGAGGGAGGGAGCUGACGCGUACCCUGUGCUUUGCUUCCUCUGGGUUGCUGAUGAGAGAACCUGGGGAAAAAAAAGUCUACACCACAGGACAGGGUCAAGUUCAGUACCUGAACCUGAACGCUUCCAGCAUAUUAGUUCCGGGUGUAGAUGCGAAGAGGAUGUACUAUUCAAGUGCUCCCUCCAUCUCCCCGAAGUGUCUGACACCCCAAGAGCUGUGUCUGCUGCAGAGCUCAAGCAGCACUCUGAUGGGUUGUCACCUGACCAAGCUCGGAAGACACCCCUUUUGGCUCCCCCACCCCACCCCCCAGGGUGAAGGUCAGACUUCCCUCCUGAAAGGCAGAGGCGACAUCCAGGACUUUCUGGCGGGGACUUCUUCCAAUCCAAACCCCCCCACAGUGGGCUGUCUCCCCUCAUUUCAUUUUUCUAAAGGAGCAAAGGCCUCUUUUAGAAAACAAUAAAAUGCAAUGUGUGUGAUUUACUUUUCUGAUCUCUUUGAGAAAUAGAUAAAUAUAAAAGUGUGUUCUUAACUCCAGAACCACUCUUUUUGCAUAAAUACCUCAUCGGGCAGCUUUCUAAGUGUUAUUUCCUGAGUCUCCCUCGGCACCCGUGUGGGCGCCACCAGGGGGACUUCUAGGGGAAACUUUAGUGAGGGUACUUUUUUCUAUUUUUCUUCUGUUUUUGGAGGCAUACACAUUAUGCAUAACCAAAACAAUGGCUCAAUUGUGUUUAACUUUGUAUUUUGAUCGUUGAGAAAAAAACAACAACAACAACAACAAAAAACAAGUAUCAAUGUGUAUGUGGCCGUUUGUAGUUAAAUUCAUCGCAGAAGGAGGUUGCCCGCGUCCUUGCCAAGCCAAGGGGCAGGAGGCACCCUCUCUCACUCCCCUCCUCCAAGAGCAGUAGAGGAUUUAAGCACAAGCCUAUUUGUGAAAAGAAUAUUUUGCUCAAAUGUAAUUCACUUUAGUCUUGGAAUUACUUCCCAAACGUCAGGUGUUCUUCUAGCUUCCAAACUUAGCCUAUGUACUCAUGAGUCUGACAGGUCGCCUGAGCACCGUUCAAGGGGUGUGGUGUUUUUGCUUUCAUUUCUCCUGCUGGGAGAAGUGGCGUUUUCAUGUGUCAUUCCAGUAUCUCACGUACUCACACGGGGCGGGGGGGCGGGGGGAGACGGGGAACUAUAGCAAUAUUUAAAGAUGCUUUGGAAAACAAGCAUGAACACAUCAGCACCACGACAUCUACAGUUACUUGCUGUUGGCCCUCGGACCCAUUUAAGAGGAAGAGACUGUAGCUCUUUUUUCUUAAAUGCUCUACACAUAGACAGUUAUUUUUAUGCUACUCUAAUCGUCCUUUAUCUAGUGCUACGUGGAAAGGGUCUGUCUGCAUCAUAGAUUUUUCCCAGCCUUAUUAUAUACCAUAAGCUCCUACUUCCCUUCCCUCUCUGAUCAGUACACUUUAAAGAGUUCUUUGGUAAACAAAGCUGUCUAUUUGGAACCCACGUUUGGGUGGUGGUUUGAGAUGGCCCAGACGACUGUGGCAGUUUCGGUCCCGGGGCCGAGUCUUUAAAAGAAGGGAUGCGUCCCAGGCUUUUCCCCCAAGAGCCGACAUUUCCCGUGGAGGCAAGUCGGCGCAUCCAGCCCCUGCCAGGUGCAACAGGAGCUAUCCCACAGGGCCUUCCAGAAGCUGCCCCAGGGACAACUGCAGGCUGCAGGCUCUGCAGAGUGGACACCGGCCAGAUGGCUCCCGUGGCCCAGCUCAGCCCCGGGACGGCCCGGCACCGAGGGCUAGCGACUCGCCCUCCGGUUAUCCCCACGCCACGCGUGUGGGCUCUUAGCCUCUCACCGAAGGGCUUUUGGAGAAGGAAUCAGAGUUCUGUACAAGUGACCUACAUGGGAGGGGUUUGCAUAUGGGAUGGGGUUCAAUUCAAUGUGACUUCUCUUUUCCCUCUAAACUUGAUUCAGGUUGGGACUCGUUUCUUUCUGGUGGAUCACAGCUGCCCAGAUGUUGCAAUUGAUUUUUUAUGUUUCUGUAGAGAAGUUUGUUUUUUGUUUUGUUUUUUUGUUUUGGUUUUUUUUUUUUUUUGGUUUUUUUUUUUCUUUUCAUCUUCAGGAUUCUUGCCACCAAAAGAACACAUUUGAACUCUGUGUCCCCUCUUGAUUGUGACUUAACCAGUGUUGACAGUUAAAUCCUUGGUGUCGUAGGUCCCAGCCCUCCAAUACUAUAUCAAACACUGUUAUGCACAUAAUGCAGCACUGUGAUCUAAUUUAAAUAAUACUUUUUUAUUAUUUAUACUACUAUAUAUAAUAUACAUCAACACUUUUGCUAUAUAACCUAAGUGAUAACCCUCUUUUAGUUACCUGCCAAACUCGGGACUUUGGUUUAUAUUGCAGUUAACACAGUUACCAAGUUGUAAUGGUGUCUUCUUUUACUUUUUUUUUUUCCUCUUUGUAACGGAAUGUGUAAAUCAAACUAUAUACAUUGUGUGGUGUUCCUGUUUCUGGAGUUUCAUGAGGAUUUACACAUGGCAUCCAGUGUUCUGUAUAGACCCGCCUACCUUUGUGAAUUCAUCUGUUAACCCCUCUUCCUUGGAGAGAGCGCCAGAGGUGGUUAACUCCUUGUUUUUCUCUCUCUCCUACUGGUUAUUCUUGAAUUAAGCACAGACUCGUCAGCUCGGUUGCUUUAUCAUGAAUAAUGCGUGUGACCUUGAAAUUCUUCCACAGUUCAGCAAACAAGUGCUAGCUUCACUGACCAAAAAUUAAGGAAGGAAAAUAACGAUUUUUUUUUUUUUCAAAACGAUCCAUCUCGUAACGGCCGAAACCGAUGUGUCUAUGGUGCUGCAUUUUGCUGUCUGUCCUUCUUUCGAAAUCAGACCUAGGUGAAAGACCACUUCUGACUUUACUGUGAUGUGCUCACAAGUACCCUUCCUUGUCCGUUUUGUUAGCAUUGAAAUCAAGACUAUUUAUUUGGAAUCUAUUCAGCAGUGUUUUUUCCACUGUAUUUCAUUUGCAAAAGUUGAGAACAGCCUUCCCCACCUUUUGCAAAUAACUGAUACUCCAUAUUGGAAUCGCAUAGACUUCGAUAUGGUGAGCCUAUCAAACCUACAAAUUGUAUUUCAUCCUUCCAUGACUGUGGCCUGAGUUCCCCAGCCCCCACCCCCUCCCCCCUUUUUUUAGGUGAACCUUAGCACAAUUUCAGUUAUUUAAACAUGAAGCAUUUCCUGAGUAUGUAUGUUGAGGCCAUUGAAGCUCAGAGCUGAUUCAGUAACCAGUUCCAUGCCGUGUUAUUCACACUCACUACUUCUACUGCCGUGGUGAAAAAUGUGGGUGGGGGGGAGUUAUCCGGGUGUGUCUGGGAAGCAUUAUACACUUGUACAUUUUUUUAUACUCUGAUUCUGUACCAUUUCUGAGUUUCAUUUUUGUUUUACAGAGAAAAAAAAACAGUGAUAAAGCAAUCAGAAGACUUAAGAGGUUUACUAUCGAUGCUUAGGGUCGUCUGACCUUUGCUGGCCAAUAGACCCACAUGGCCAAAUUAUAAUUUUACUAGAGUAAUAAUUUUUCGAGAGCCAAUUUUUUUUCCUCUGUAUUUUCUGUAUGAAACUGCCAAUAUCAUGAACAGAAAGGGAGAACCGUAAAGGAGAAAGAAAGUGACGUUCAGUUGCGUUUGUGUUACCUAGAGGAGCAGUGUGGAGGCAGGCACGAUCAGCCGAACUUUAGGGACCUGAUGGUGUUGCUUUGGAGGCAUCCAUACCUGCAUUUCGCAUUCUUCAUAUGUAAUCAUAUUGCCAAAGACAAACUAUUUCAUCAUUUAUUGUAAAUAACACUUUUCCCCCAGACCUACCAUAAAGUUUCUGUGAUGUAUUGUCUUCCAGUUGCAAUAAAAAUUACUGAGUUGCAUCAA